UCUUUUCCAUCUAAUCUCGUAUUUCAUGUUCAAAAGAAUCGCGUGAGAGAUUUUCUCAGUUAUGGGAACAAUAAUAAACAUUGCAAGAAAAAGGUUCAUUUAGAUAUCGAGUCAGUCAGUCAACGGGAUAACUUUGUUACGCGUCUUAAAAGGUUUUUUGGCGGUGAAACAGAAUCAGAUCAAAUACCAUUACUCGAACAGUCAGAUCAACAGCAGAACCCUAAAUUUGAAGAUAUUCGAAGAGAUGGUCCUCUCACAAGCGAGCAGGUCAACGAUAGACCAACCGAGAUAUUCAUGGAUGAUUAUCACGAACGUCAAGCAUUGAAGGCCGAUUUCAUCGCUGCACAUCCAAAUUAUGAUGUUUCGCUUUGGUUCUUUUGCCCUCAUAACAAUAUUCGACGAGUCUGUCAGCUUCUUGUUCCGUCAAGUCAUGGAAAACGUAUCUUUGGCACUCCUCAUUCGAAAGAAUUGAGUUUUGUUUUCAACACAAUCAUUUAUUUGUGUGUCAUAGCAAGCGUGGUCAUUGCUACAAUUGCGGUUCCUACGUACAUAAAAAAAAAUUACGUCCACUCUGAUGGGACCUACUCGAGGUAUACCUGGUUCUGGUGGACGGACGUGGCUUUCACCAUUGUGUUUACCAUCGAAUUUCUCGUCAAGAUCAUUGCUGAUGGUUUUCUCUUGACACCAAAUGCAUAUAUGUUAAACGUUUGGAAUCAACUGGAUCUAUUCGUUCUUAUUACUUUUUAUGUAAACAUUGUGAUUGGCGCUAAUGUCAGCUCAUCUGGCGUAUCAAAA